AUGAUAGUAGAUGCCCACCAGUUUCCCAUGGUGGGCUUUCGCUUCAUGUUCCUGAACCUCUUGCACUCACUGCUACACCGCAUACACUACAACAACCAUAUCCUCCUGCGUCCCCGUGGCAUCCGCAGGAUGGCCCAGUCCAGGCAUCAGAGGUCUGGACGCAUGGCCCAGAUCCGUGUGAUUUUGAUGCCCGAAGGCUUCAGAGAACGGGUCGUAGCCAUGGUGCCCCAUGGGUUCAGAGAGAGAGUCGUAGCCAUGAUUCCCCAUGGCUCCAGAGAGAGGGUCGUAGCCAUGGUGCAUGAGUCUGAAGAUGGACCUGAGAGAUUUGGACCGAGGAUCCUGGCCCUCCCAGAGCCCGAAGGCCAGGUCCAGGACCUGGUAGAUGAGUCUGCGCCUGGGGAGAUGGCAGAGGAGGCACAGGAGGAGCCCACGCAGGAGGCCGAAGCCCACCGGGAAACAACUGAAGAAGAGGCCCAGGGUGCUGAAAGUAAGGAAGACAAAGAGGAGUUGAAAAAAAACAGGAAGGACUUGAAAAGGUUGUGAAUCCUGCAGAGAGUAGAUCCAGAAAUCCAGUUUGGAGAACUAGAAAGAAGAUAGAGAAAGAAGAAAGAAUUUAUUGUUCCCUCUUUUUAAGUUUUUUAUAUUCAUAAAUCCAUGUUAAUUGCAUGAAACAAUGAUAUUCCAAAGUUCAUCACCCAAACAGUGCUAUUCAAUGACAUCUCACUUUUAUUUCUUAUAGCUAAAUUUGGCAGCAUUUGUUUUAGUUAAAAAUAAGUUUGUUUCAAUUAAUAAACUGAAAUGUAGGCAGAGUUUAUUUAGAUAAAUAAUCCCAACUCAUAUGUUUCUUACCUCUUUGUUUCAAAAGAUAUCACUUUCCACAUUUUGUAAGCCUAUUUUAAAUUAU